CAGCUGCCGCUCGGUACCAUGCGAGGCUUGGGGCCAGCCCUGACGGCGCGGCGCCUCUUCCCCUUGCGGCUCUGCCCGCGGCCGCCGCGGCCGGUCGGACCCCGGCUGUCGAGCGGGUCGGCGGCGGCGGAGGCGGGCGCCCUGGAACGGGCCAUGGACGAGCUGCUGCGCCGCGCGGUGCCCGCCACGCCGGCCUAUGAGCUGCGCGAGAAGACGCCGGCGCCGGCCGAGGGCCAGUGCGCCGACUUCGUGAGCUUCUACGGCGGCCUGGCCGAGGCGGCCGAGCGCGCCGAGCUGCUGAGCCGCCUGGCGCGGGGCUUCGGCGUGGACCACGGCCAGGUGGCCGAGCAGAGCGCCGGCGUGCUCCAGCUGCGCGAGCAGCCGCGGGAGGCGGCCGUGCUGCUGCAGGCGGAGGACCGGCUGCGCUACGCGCUGGUGCCGCGCUAUCGCGGCCUCUUCCACCACAUCAGCAAGCUGGACGGCGGCGUGCGCUUCCUGGUGCGGCUGCGGGCCGACCUGCUCGAGGCGCAGGCCCUCAAGUUGGUGGAGGGGCCGCACGUCCGGGAGAUGAACGGAGUGCUGAAGGGUAUGCUCUCCGAGUGGUUCUCUUCCGGCUUCCUGAGCCUAGAGCGGGUCACCUGGCACUCGCCCUGUGAGGUGCUGCAGAAAAUCAGCGAGUCUGAGGCCGUGCAUCCUGUGAAAAAUUGGAUGGACAUGAAGCGACGCGUCGGGCCUUAUAGGAGAUGUUACUUCUUUUCUCACUGUGCAGCCCCCGAGGAGCCCCUGGUCGUGUUGCAUGUGGCACUGACCGGCGAGAUUUCCAGCAACAUCCAGGCCAUAGUGAAGGAGUGCCCCCCUUCGGAGACGGAGGAGAGGAGCAAGAUCUCCGCAGCCAUCUUCUACUCCAUCAGCCUGACGCAGCCAGGACUGCAGGGGGUGGAGCUGGGCACCGUCCUGGUCAAGCGAGUGCUCAAGGAGCUGCAGAAAGAGUUUCCUCAUCUUGGGACAUUUUCAAGUCUGUCUCCUAUACCUGGAUUCACCAAGUGGCUUCUGGGACUCUUGAACGCACAAGCAAAGGAACACGGGAGGAAUGAACUCUUUACAGAUUCGGAAUGUAAAGAAAUCUCUGAGAUCACAGGCGUUCCCAUCAAUGAGACCCUCAAGGUCUUUCUCAGCAGCAGUGAGUGGGUGAAGUCUGAAAAGCUGGUCAGGGCGCUCCAGGCCCCCUUGCUGCGGCUCUGUGCCUGGUACCUGUACGGAGAGAAGCAUCGGGGCUUCGCCCUGAACCCUGUGGCAAACUUCCACCUGCAGAAUGGGGCCGUGAUAUGGCGCAUCAACUGGAUGGCCGACGUGAGCCUCAAGGGCAUCACCGGCUCCUGCGGCCUGAUGGUCAACUACCGGUACUACCCGGGGGACACAGCCACCAACAGCACCAACUACCUCUGCUCCAAGAACAUCAAAGCUUCCGAGCAGGUCCUCAGCCUCGUGGCCCAGUUUCAGAAGAACAGCAAACUUUAAACCUGUCCCAAAGCAGACGUCCCCGACCCAGAGAAGGAGGAUUUUUCUGGAUGGGUCAGGGAGGGUUAUGCGUCGAAAGGGGCUUUUUUAGUCAAGCAGGGUGAGAGCGUGUUCUCUGGCCCGCAGCAGGGUCACACCGGGAGGCUGUGCCCUGACUUCCAUUGCAAGAGCGCAGGCUGCCGCCAGAUGUUGGGGGGCUGGACGUGCACUGGGCGGGGACACCCUCCCUCCCACCCCGAGAGCAGCCUGGCUCCCUGCCCGAGGCGGUGCUGUGGUGCUCCAUCUUCAGAAAGCUCUAGAGCCUCUGCUGGCUGUCGUCCCAGGGUGGACCGGCCAGCCUCACCGGGCCCCGGGCCGCUGGCCCAGGUGAGAGCAGAUUUUCCUUCAAGCUUAGAACAUAACUCAGCCAUGGUUGUCUUAGCCGUUUCUCUCCACUCACGACAAAGAGGUAGAGGGCUGUGCUACACGUUACUCAAAGUUUUGGAGAUCUGAAUGUAGGGAAAUGUUCAUGACUGCACCAAGUUUCCUAAAUUAAAUCAUUGAGCACACGAGGUGGUGUCACGUGGGGCUUGAAUUGGACAGUAGACGUUAGGAUUUCAGAGACACAGGUUCAUGAAGAACGUGAGCGUGCCGAGCGAGCUUGCCGUGUGAAGCACUGAGCGAUGUAAGACGGCGUGGUGGCCGCCUCGGAGAGCCAAGACCUCGGGGGCUGGAAUGCGUGCGACAUACCAGCUGUGCUGCGGGCAGCCGGCCCGGCGGGGGGCGGGGGCCUGCGUGCACGGCCUCGCUGCUGUCACUCCCGCAGACAGGUGCCCGGGCCUUGCACACUCUUCAUCCUCCACACUCGACCCCUGCUCCUUCCGUAUCACCUGCUGCGUGGGACUUGUUGCCUGAUAACCAGCGCUGGGCUGGUGGUCACCCUGGAAGUUUCUCUUGCUCUGAAUCCUGGUGCACACAGUCCAGUGCCGCUUGGCACGGCUCUGAGCUCCCGUUCCCACCGCACCUGGGCUCUGGAGCCCCUCUGGGCCCGGGGCCAGCGCCGAGGAGCUGGGCAAGAGUUCACGCGUGAGCUGCUGCGGUGUGGCCGCCGCCCUGAACACCCCUUCCCCGCGCGUGCACGCGCACACUUCACACCUUCUCUCUUCAUGUAGCCUCUGAUUGUGGACAUUUUCAAACCAAAGACACAGAAGCGGACAGAUAGUCAAGCGAGCCUGUGUGCCUGUCACCCGGCUCCCCCCCACGCUCCGUGAGCUUGCUUUCUUGUCAGGCCUCAUCUCGUGACUUCUUACGGUGGUUUAGCAGGUGCCCUGUGAGAUGGGCCGGCUGGCUGGGUCCGGGAUGCGGAGGGGGCUGUGGUCUGAAUGUUGGACCCCCCCAAUUCAUACCUUGGACCCCUGUCCCCCAAAGGUGAGGGCAUUAGGAGGUGGGGA